AUGCGGGACCUCGCCUUUGAGGGGGGGGGCAAACCCCUGGAGGAUGGAAAAGACGCCUUGUCGCUCACCGUCCACUUCUACUCCUUCGGCGUCGACUACUCCGGAACAAUCACGAACUAUAACUACCCCUCCUUCCUGCGCGACUUCACCGACCCGGACGGCGUCCGCCGCGACCUCGGCACCAUCGGCAUCCUGCGCAACCGCGAGCGUGGUGUCCCGCGCUACUGCGAGUUCCGCCACCUGAGCGUGCCUCGUGCGUUCCUCGACAUUACAGGCCCCCAAAACAAGGAGCAGGCGGACCGCCUGUCUGAGGCCUACGGCGGCGACGUGACAAAAGUAGACGCGGUCAUGCUUAAGGAGGCAGAGUCUGCUGAAGAGUCAAGGAGAGGAGGCAGAGAUCAUAUAGAGGGGUUCCUGUGGGCCGGGCGCUCAGCCCGGCCCAUUCCCGUCCUAGCCGUCCGAUCGAUGGGUCGCCUCAUUGCAUCGGUUGGCCCCGCUGAUCCGGCGCCUGAUUCCCGCAUGGGGUUACCCCACCUCUGGGAGCCUGAGGCUAUUCCCAGAUGGCCAGGAUAUCUCCAUAAUUAUACUAUGCGAAGUCAGGAAGGUACACGUUGUCUCUCGGGCUAUAUAAAGACGCGCUCCGAGGAAAGACAGCGCGAGAGCAAAAGGGCAGGACACAGCUCCCAAGCAGCAGCUGCACCCGAAACAAAUUUGUUGGCGCCUCUCUCUCAAACCUACCAAGAUUUCCCCUCCAAAACCUCUGCAAUGCAUCAAGCGUGGCUCUCGGUCGCAGCCGUCCUGUCGUCCUUCGCGACGGCUGCCCCAACAUCCGGCACCGGACUGGGCACCACCAUCCCCAGAGCUCCCGCCGCUCCCUUUUCCUUCGCGCAGUGGGUGGAGGACAUCAUCGCCACGCCCGAGAAGGCCCUCACGCCGGAGCAGGCCGUCGAGGCAUGGAACGCCACCGUCGCCACCAUGGAUCCGCGGGGCCUCGAGAAGCGGGUAAUCUGCAAUAAUGUUGCGGGUACUGAGGCAUCAGUAAAUUUUCCUUCUGCAGUAAACAGAAAACUUACGACUGAUGUGACGGCGACCGUGGCAUGUCGUGUGCCUACUUAACCCUUCUUAUUUACAGGUCCCGGAUGCCAUCAUCUGCAUCAACUUCCUCGCUGCCCUGGGGGCCACCGUUGCGAGACCCACACGAUAUCGCAGUUUGCGUACUCGGGCAGCAACCCCGGCGCGCGGAUCGUCGGGGUUGGAGCCGGCGGGGGGGGGUUUCGAGUUCCAGGUGCCAGGAUGUUGCCAGCACUGCCGGCCGGAUCAUGGACAGCUGCACCCGGGCUGGUGGCCGAGUCCAGGGGGUUGAGGAAAACCCGUGGGCCACGGGUGUUGGUAUGGCGGUUUAUAUCCGCAAGUCGUAGUUUAACAAGUUUUCAUGGUGGUGGGAAAACAGCGGACCGGCCAGGUAGGCCCAAGCUUCAAAGACGAGAGUUUCAACUGAAACAACUUUGGUAUAUGCUAUGAUAGCCCGAAUUACCGCGGCUGCUGGCACCACCUUGAUAUGCGUGGCUAGUGAUACGUGCGGCUAGCGACGAUAUUCUUCAUUAGGGGUUCAACUACACGGACAGCAUUUUGAGGGAUGGGAAAAGCGGGAGUUAAAGCGCUUGAAGACAUGUAUAAGGAGUUUGUUACGUCGCCGCAUCGAGUUACCCCACACUGGAUGCAAAACCAAGACUAGGCACACACACGUUUAAAGCAUAAUUUUAGGAGCUUGUUGUUUGUUCAAUUUCCCGGCCAAGG